AUGUAUCAAUUGAGAAAUAUAAAUAAGAUUUACAGUAAUACUAACAGCAUUCAACAAUGCAUAUCUUAUCGUUUACAAAAAGGAAUAACUAAUAAUAAUAAUAAUACACAGUAUACUUUUAAUAGCCAAUCAAACAAUGUAAAUAGUUUUAAUCAUCAUACUUAUUUAAGUUUUAACAUAUAUCGACCAUUUUCAACGACGACAACAACAACAUCCAUACCUAAUACCACCACCAUUACAACAACAACACCACCUACAAUACCAACCGAUUCAUCGCCAACAGAACAAAACAAUGAAGAGUUACAACAAUCUAUAAAUAACAUGUCAAAUGCAGAAUUACGUAAAUAUUACAUUAACGAUGCGAAUCCAGUUGGUGGCGAUCGCGAUGUUGAUGACAAUGACCACUACAAUAUAAAUACCUAUCGAUUAAAGAAUAUACUGAAGAACGUAUAUGGCGGAUCGAUCUACAAGAUCGUCGAGCAAUUCCCACAAUUGAAACUGAGAAUCAACAAUCAACUUGUAAACACACAAUCGAUCUACAAACACUGGGGACCGACACACUACGACCUUGCCAAACGAAUAUUCCCUCAUCAUCAAUGGGACAUCAAAGAUUUCUAUCACAAUGCAAACAGAGGUAUAUUUGCUGUUGCACCUCUUUUCGAUGUAUCUAAAAUAACAACAACAACAACAACAACAUCAUUAUCAUCAUCAUCAAAUGAAGUUAAUAAUGAUAAUGAUAAUGAUGUUGAUGAAGUUGAUGUUGAUGAUGUUGAUGAUGUUGAUGAAAUCAAUAAAGUAAAAGAAGGAUAA